CCUUCCUAAGAUUGAAGGAUAGAGAUCGAUGACGUAAAAUAUAAAUCUGUAACCAUCUUAGCCAUCGUAGUAGUAGUUUUAACAGCAGAGGUGCUUUCUCUUCUCAACUCAAGAAUUUAGCGUUGAUUACUCAGAAAUAAAACACGCAGGUGGUCAAGGAGAGCCUCUCACUAUAGUAGUUCUUUUUGUAUAGGUUUCUUAUCAAAAGGAAAAAACAAAUCCGAGCGCUGGAAAAUUCACUGAAUAUUUUACAACAAAGAUUAUCAAUAUCGUAACUGAAAGUGUCGAAAAUGUCAAAGAAUUUACCGAUAAGUUACAAAAGUUUCAAGUAUCAUUACCUGAAUAUAUCAGAAGUAGUGAAAUGCAGACUGAUCCACCAGCUGCCAAUUCUCAAGCAACGACAACACAAUAUGCUACUGCUGCUGCCACUACUUCAUCUUCUGUUAUUAAACGGCGUCGUGUUGCACCAUGUGCACCUGCCACAUUUUCACAACAACUAGAGAUUAAAUCACGAUCACGUUCUCGUUCACCAUCCCAAAAAAUUGAUCAUACAUUAGAAAAUCUAAACAGAUCACCAGUCCUCGAUUUAGCACAGCAAACGGUAAAGUCGCGUUUCACCAAUUCAACUUUCGCCAAUAGACAUUCGCCAUAUUGGCGACUGGCGAAUGUCCACACGACAUCCGCCAGAUAGACAUUCGCCAGUACCCCUGCGACAUUUGCCAUAAUUAGCGAAUGUCCACACGACAUUCGCCAUUGUCCACACGACAUUCGCCAAUUAUGGCGAAUGUCUCGGCGACAGUCGCCAGUUACGGC